AUGGCGACAAUCCAAAUUCCGAAAAUAGUCACCACCGCUUACUCAAGAAGUUCAAGCCCACAGCCAACAAGUUCACGUUCACGAUGUCCAAGUCCACAACCAACUAGAUCACGUUCACGCAAUCCAAGUCCAACGCCUAGAUCAAUAUCCAGAGCUGCGAGCUCACGACCACAUUCACGAUGCCAAAGUCCAAUUCCGUCCAUAAGUCGUGACGAGAGCGAUGCAAUUCGACGAAUAGUGGAUGAAAUAAUAGAGCGAUUUGUGGAUCUGAGGGAUAAAGGGUACCCUGACGAAAUCAUAACAAAAUACAUUUAUGAUUCCAUAAUUUUGAAUAAACGACAACCAUUUCAUAUUUACGAUUGGUUAUUGAAUAAUCAGAACACUGUUCAAUAUAUUACUCUACUGGGCUAUUUUUAUUUAGAGGCGAUUGGGACCGAAGAAGAUUUGAAGAAAAGUUUUCAUUCUUUUCUUACCGCUGCAAAGAUGGACUAUUCAAUGGCUCAAGAUCUAUUAGCUGAUUGUUACAAUUUUGGUUAUGGCACAACGAAAAAUGAGGAGCUUUGCUUCAUGUGGUAUACGAAAGCAUUCGAAGGCGGCAGUGUUAACGCAGAGUAUAACAUAGGCGAAUGUUACAAGUCCGGCUUUGGAAUCAGCAGGGACAAAAGAAAGACUGUGCGUCAUUAUAAGAAUGCCUCAAAGAAAGGAAAUGUGUCAGCAAUGUAUCAUUUGGGUUGGUGCUAUGAAAGAGGUGUAAGCGUGAGAAGGAAUUUUGAAAUGGCGAUGAAUUGGUAUAACAAAGCACUGAAAAAUGGACACAUUUUAGCUCAAGAGGAGAUAGAUAGAUGCAGCCAUAAAAUGAAUUUCUCGGAUACUUCGUCAAACCCUUUAUCAACAGUAGACUCACAGGCAAGUAAACUAAACCUAUCAAAUUGCAUAAGCGAUAGAUAG